AUGACUGGAAGAGGCGGAUGGGUACCCCAUCCUUGUCCUCACCCGCACAUUCCUCCUCAGGUAUUUUGGGGCUCAGGACCAGUUGUGCCGCGCACACUACCGGCUACACCAUUCGAUAGUGCCGCACAAGCACUUUUGUCGGGCGGUUUCCCGCUCCCUGGCAGAGCGCCGGUCGGCUGGAUGCCCGGAACCUGGCCACCAUCUUCUACUUUUACUCCAAUAUUGUCGACCCGACAUAUCGUGCUCUGCCCUUGGCUCAUACCCAAUCCCGCUAAUCCCUCGAUGCCUCAUGUGAGAUGGGAUGUCACCCAACACCCCUCAACAGCAAAGCGCAUCACAGGUCGCGAACUCGUUGUUGAUUUAAAACCGAAGAUGAAUGAUCAGGCAACGUACCCUCCCGUACAGAGAGCUCACAUUUAUUGUGAUCUUGGGGUUGUCAGCGAUCUUUGGGGCCCCAUCAUUGUUAAAAACAGAGAUGCUGUGACGGUGAGGGACAUCGUCAUGGCAAUCUACGAGUACUUCCAAAUCCGUCUCUCACAGGACGAGGUGAGCUACAUAUCAGCAUUGGGCUCGCCUCAAAACUACGAGAAAAUGGUGGGGUCGAUGUACACGCGAUGCAUGAUUACACCCAGUCUGCCUGGGUAUGAAUGGAGUCAAGGUAUGAGACGGGUCGAUUGUCUAGGGAAUUCCACGAAAUUCUGGGGUCUAUGGGUCACAGAAAAUGACGACGACACAUGGCAACUAAACCUUGGUAUUUUACCUGAGCUUCGUGGCGUGUGGGUAUGA